AUGAAUCUGAGAUCCAAAAAGGUUCUAGUAUAUGGUGCCGGAAUCGAACCUACAGGCCUGAUAGCAGGAGCACCUGCCGUCUUCACCGUCGAAACGUUCACCAAGAAUUCGAGCGACGUCGAAGUCGUCGUGAAAAACCCUAAAGGAGAGAAAGAACACGUAGACGUAAAAUACAAUGACGAUCGUAACUCAACGUACACUGUCUCUUACACCCCCAAGUACGAAGGUUCGCACACAAUACACGUCAAAGUCGCCGGCAAGCCGACGAUAAAUAGCCCUUAUAAAGUGAACGUUGAAGGCCAUGUGGGGAGCGCCUCGAAAGUUACGGCCUAUGGACCGGGAUUGAAAUUUACAGGAGUCGAGGCGAAUGCACCUACUUUUUUUGAAAUUUGCACGAAAAACGCCGGCCGAGGAGUACCAGAAGCAACAAUCCUAGAUCCUGCGAAGAACAAAACCUCCAUCCCAGUAAAGCUACAUCAAAUAUCACCCGGCAUUUGGCGUUGCGAUUACGUUACCCCUUUUAUUGGUUUACAUUCCAUUAACGUUUUAUUCGCUGGAAAACCCAUUCCAAACAGCCCCUUCGAAGUGAUAGCCGCCCUCGGUGCUUCUUCGAGUAAACUCAAAACCAGCGGUCGAGGUUUACACAAAAACGGCAUUAAAGUCAACGAAGAAGUGGAUUUUACCUUGAAAGGGAAUACCAUUCGUGAAGGUUCCCUUGACGUGCAAAUAAUAGGCCCAAGUGGGAUAUCGCAGAGUUAUAGUUUGAAGAAAAUUGAUGACAAUGUCUACCGCGUGAUUUACCAGCCGCGUAAACAGGGAAAGUAUGUGGUUAUUAUUAAACAAGGCGGUGUGGAGAUCAGUAAUUCGCCUUUCGAAGUUAAUGUGGAAUCCACCAGUAAAGAAACCCUGAUUUCUGCACACGGUCAAGGUUUGAAUGGCGGCGUGGUAAAUUUUCCUGCUCAAUUUACUGUCGAAACUAAUGGGGAAACUGGAGAUUUAGGCUUCAGGAUCGAAGGACCUUCACAAGCCCGCAUCGAAUGCCACGAUAACGGUGAUGGAUCCGCUACUAUUAGGUAUUACCCGACGGCUCCGGGCGAAUACAUUAUCCACAUUUUGUGCGACUGUGUAGACAUUCCUGGGAGUCCUUUCGCCGCGAAAAUUGUACCCUAUUACGAAUACUUCCGCGAUCAAAUAGAAGUUUGCGAGGCUGCGAUUCAAGAUAACAAUGCAGAAGUUAAUAAUAAUACUGCCAAGUUUACAGUCGAAACUGAUGGGCCGGGAUUAGCCCCUAUAGAUAUUAAAGUUUGUAAUUCUUUUACGGAUAAUUUGCAAAUACACUGGGAAGAAAGGGGUAAUGCUGAUGGUAAUUAUAGUCCGAUAUUGACGGAUACAGUUCAUGUUAAUUACAAUGGAACCUCUGUCAAGCAUUCUAUCCAUGAAUUACAUGACAAUUCUAAAAUACGUUGUUUUGGACCAGGAAUUCAAAGCGGAGUCAAAUCGAAUAUAAGCAAUACUUUUUAUAUAGACGCAAGGAAAGCCAGUAUAGGGGAGUUAAACUUACGUUUAACGAACGAAGAUACUUUCGAGCAAAUACCUCUAAAAUUAGUCGAUACUGAUGAUCGAUUUUUUACUGUGGAAUAUCUAACUCCUCAUUCUGGAAUUCAUAAAUUAUCUCUUCACCUAGACGGUGAAGAAAUCCCCAUAAGAUUUAACGUAGAAUCUCAGGACGUCAUACAGAAUGUCAAAGUAGAUGGACUUCAGGCCAGUGUGUUUAUGGACGCCCCGACGGACUUCCUUGUGGAUACGAGGCAAGUCCAGAAGAUCGUCGAUAUCAGCAGAGUAACCUGCGUCAUAACGAGUCCAUCCGGUACUCUAGAGGAGCAUCUAAUAACGGCCCUUCCCGAUGGAACGUUCAAAGUCAGCUACACGCCGUUCGAAGAAGGCAGGCAUAAAAUUCACAUUUACUACGACAACUACGACAUAUCGGGAUCCCCUUUCAUCGUGAACGUUAGGAAAGUUUACGAUGCCCAAAAAUGCUACGCCUUCGGACAGGGACUCCAGAAAGGUUCGAUAAACAAAGUGAACACGUUCACAGUGGCUACCAAAGAAGCCGGAACGGGUGGGCUUUCCCUCGAAAUAGAAGGUCCAUCUGAAUCAAGAAUAAUAUGUAAAGAUAACAACGACGGUACUUGCGUGAUAGAGUACACACCUACGGAACCUGGUGAAUACACUCUUUCGAUUAAAUUCAAAGACAUGGACAUCCCCGGCUCGCCGUUUAAAGUACUAAUAGAGCCGGAAUUGAACGGUCACGUUCGUAAUGCAGAAGACAGUUCAAGUUCGCCGAAACAUUCGUUCAAGCACCAAUCGAAAGCGAAAUCUGACGUUAUUCUAUCGGACAAGCAAAACUCGAAAACCAACAUUCCUAAAUUGUCUCACAAACGCGCCGAGGACAAUUCGAAGCCUCGCUGCAAUCUGAACAACAAACUCCGCGAAAACUACAACAAAGACGAUAAGCAGAGAGUGAACAAUUACAAGCGAUCGUCAGAAAUUAGCGCGGAGAAGAAUUUGACGGGGCAAAACGAGCAGAAAAAAACCGGUGACAAACGGACGGCUCCUGCGACAGAUACUGCGAGCCCGACGGACAUCGAAGGGGACGCCAAGGAAACGCCUAUUCCGACGGGUCGUCCGGAUAAAUGCAGGAAGAAAUCCGACGAACAGGAAUUUACGACAUGUAAAACAUAUCAAACUGUUACUUCCGAAGAGGAAGAAGAAUCGAGUAAAUCAAAAUAUCACCCACAAGCCGAUGAAAAAGUAACCAAACAGUUAUUUCGAACAAUUCAAUUGCGCAAUCUCCCGCUUCAUUGUAACGAGGGUGAUAUUUCCGCGACAAUAAAAAUGCCCAACGGAAAAAUCGACAAGCCGAUAAUCGAAGAUAACUGCGAUGGAACGGUUACCGUUAAAUACGAUCCACGCGAAGAAGGUGUUCACGAGCUCUCCGUGAAAUACAAUGGGGAGCACAUUCAGGGGUCCCCUUAUAAGAUACACGUGGAUUCCAUCAGUUCCGGAUACGUAACCGCUUACGGUCCGGGACUGACGCACGGAGUAUCCGGGGAGCCCAGCAAUUUCACCAUAUCCACCAAAGGGGUGGGAUCAGGAGGUUUGUCAAUGGCAGUUGAAGGACCAAGUAAAGCUGAAAUUAGUUGCCUUGACAACAAAGAUGGAACUGUUUCCGUCUCCUAUCUGCCUACUGCUCCGGGUGAAUACAAAAUUUCUGUUAGAUUCGGAGACAAACACAUUAAAGGUUCACCGUUCAACGCGAAAAUAACGGGCGAAGGCAGGAAGCGCAACCAAAUCUCGGUGGGUUCCUGCAGCGAGGUAUCCCUGCCGGGUAAAAUAUCCGACGCCGACAUACGUUCGCUGAACGCUUCCAUCCAGGCGCCGAGCGGCUUGGAGGAGCCCUGCUUCCUGAAGCGACUGCCCACCGGCAACAUCGGCAUCUCGUUCACGCCGAGGGAGAUCGGCGAGCACGUAGUCAGCGUCAAGAAAAUGGGAACGCACAUCACGAACUCGCCUUUCAAAAUUAACGUGUGCGAACGCGAGGUGGGCGACGCCAAGAAGGUCAAAGUGGCCGGGGCGGCGCUCAAAGAGGGCAAGACGCACGUCAACAAUACGUUUAACGUCGAUACGAGAAACGCCGGUUUCGGUGGUUUGUCCUUGUCCAUUGAGGGUCCCAGCAAAGCGGAUAUACAAUACAACGACAACUCCGAUGGGACCUUGGAUGUGUCUUACAAACCAUCAGAACCCGGAUAUUACAUCGUUAAUCUUAAGUUUGCUGAUCACCAUAUUGAUGGAUCACCGUUUACUGUUAAAGUAAUUGGUGAAGGUACUAACAGGCAACGAGAAAAAAUACAAAAACAAAGAGACGCCGUUCCCGUCACGGAAGUUGGCAGUCAAUGUAAACUCACGUUUAAAAUGCCAGGAAUUACGUCGUUUGAUCUCAGCGCUUCGGUGACAUCUCCCGGAGGCGUAACGGAAGACGCGGAAAUUAAAGAAGUUAAAGAUGGACUAUACGCGGUGAAUUUCGUGCCUAAGGAACUGGGAGUCCACACGGUUUCUGUUAGAUACAAGGACAUUCAUAUUCCUGGCUCACCAUUCCAGUUCACAGUCGGGCCAUACAAGGACCACGGAGCCCACUUGGUCAAAGCCGGUGGGGCCGGUUUGGAGCGGGGCGAACAAGGAGAACUUAACGAAUUCAACGUUUGGACCAGAGAGGCUGGUAGCGGGGAACUGGCCAUAUCGGUGGAGGGACCCAGCAAAGCUGAAAUUAUAUUUACGGAUCGCAAGGAUGGGUCUUGCGAUGUUUCGUACAAAGUUUCCGAACCAGGUGAAUACCGAAUAGGUUUGAAAUUCAACGAUCAGCACGUUCCGGACUCCCCGUUUAAAGUGUACAUAUCACCGGCCGUCGGCGAUGCCCACCUCCUAGAGGUAGUCCAAUUUCCCGAAGGAUUCAUCCAGGCUGACAAGCCAUCCUUCUUCAUUGUAAAAAGAAACGGAGCCAAAGGAGAUUUAGACGCUAAAAUCAUCGGUCCGUCGAGCCACGAGGACGAUUGCUUCGUGCAAAUCAUCGACAUGGAGGAGUAUUCGGUUCGGUUUAUGCCCCACGAAAAUGGGGUGCACAAAAUCCACGUGAAAUUCAACGGGGUCCACAUACCGGGAUCGCCCUUUAGUGUUAAAGUCGGAAAGGACACGGCCGAUCCGGCCGCUGUACAUGCCAGCGGAAAGGGCCUUCAGGAUAUCAAAACCGGAGAGAAAACUGAUUUUAUAGUUGACACUACCAACGCCGGUACGGGAACUUUGGCCGUUAAUAUUGAUGGACCGAGUAAAGUUUCGAUGGACUGUACCGAAGUUGAAGAAGGUUAUAAAGUUCGGUAUACGCCGCUAGCGCCGGGAGACUAUUACAUUAGUAUAAAAUACAAUAACCACCACAUCGUCGGAUCGCCCUUCAAAGUGAUAAGUAAAGGUGAUAAAAAAGUAGCGGACAUCGGCGGCCAGGAAUCCUCCUCGGUAGUCGUAGAAACGGUAGCGAAAGUAGGCAGUGCUAAUAACAACAACAAAGGUCCAACGAUGCCGACGUUUAAGAGCAACGCUUCCAAAGUGCUAUCGAAGGGCAUGGGCUUGAAGAAGGCGUAUAUCGGAAAGCAGAAUCAAUUCACCAUAUCCGCAAACACUGCAGGUGAAAAUAUCCUCUUUGUCGGUAUACACGGACCCAAAGGACCCUGCGAGGAGGUUUUCAUAAAACAUCAAGGCCAUAAUCAAUAUGCUGUUAAUUACAUUAUUCGGGAUAGAGGUACGUACUUAAUUGUGGCGAAAUGGGGUGACGAUCACAUUCCCGGUUCCCCUUUCAAAGUGGAAGUCUAA